AUGGGCUUUUCCGCCACCAUUUACGGUGGUUCAGCCUGCAAAGCUCGGAUCAAGAACAUCCAUCAGGACAAAGGCUUCGGCUUCAUUGAGUGUGAUGUGCUGAAGCAGCAAGGCUUCGAGCAAGAUGUAUUCCUACGCCACAGCCCUGGCGGAAGAAAGAAAAUCUCCGAAGGCGACGUCGUUACCUUCAAAGCAGUCCUGCGUGGCCAACAAUUGUAUGCCAAGGAUGUGGCGAUGGCAUCCAAAGACAACAACGUUUGGGAAGUCACGCCACCAGGCCUAGGUGGCGAAGGGGAAAAUGUGCAGAUUUCCAAGGAUUCAUCACUGCAGUGUUCGACUCGAGCUACAUCGUGGUACCCAUAG